AUGUCAAAUACGGACUUCACCCACGGCUCCUUGUACCUCGCAGGAUUCGCACAAGCUCGCGCCCCGCAUGUAGGGCUGAUCAUCCCCACCAGCGACGUGUUGGGAACGCUUGUACACAUCCGCGUUGACCGCGAGACCUCUGAUGUCUGGACGUACCAAUGCAGAGCCCAGCGAAUCUCCGGCGACAUGUUCAUGUCAUCGCUCCUCAAGUUACGAGAGGCCUCAGCUGGCGCGAUCAGUGUGGAACAGUUGCAAGAGACUGCAGCGUCCGUUUCAGCACCCCGAAACGACGAUUUUGGAGAAUGUCUCCCGUGGUCAUUGAGAGUCCUGCAGAAGUUGCACGAUAUGGGGCUGCUGAACGUGAUGGAUAUUGACGGGCUCGGAAGGGAGUUCGAGGAAUUCGCGGCUGGGAACCAGGCAUAUGCCCGGAGAGAUAGAUUCCCGAACAUCGCUGUAUCUCAUUUCUGCCAGUACAACAAUCCUCCAAUGGUCACCGCUGACCGACUUUGUCACUGCCAAUCUGAACUUAGUUCUGCACAAGGAAGCAGACAGGCCAAUCGGCCCACCGUGACGGAGACGGUUCGUCAAAUCUCAUGUGUUCGGAGAUAA